AUGGCGAAGAGGAAGAAGCUGAUUCGUAAGCCUAAUAUUCUCACUGAUGAUCGGCCUGAGAUAGUUCAACAGAAGGUUGGGCUCGGACCCAAGGGAGAUGUUGUUGCCAAUCUCAAGCAGGGUAAGGAAGUGCCUAGGUCUGGGUUUGUGCAGGAUGGUUCGAUGGAUCGACGGGGUAAGGACUCCCAGCCUUCUGAGGUGGUGGAUGAUGGAUUGGGUGCCAAGAAGGGCAAUAAACUGGCUCAAGUAGAUGUUGAAGAGGUGAGGAUUCAGUCCGCGAAUUGGAGCUCUGCUGUGGUUUGUAUGGUUCUUGGAGCAAAUCCUCCAAUGGCAGUGUUUGAAGGCUUCAUCAAGAGGGUUUGGGGUCAUCUAGGGAUAGCCCAAAUCUCUAGGAUGACUUUGGGGCUUACUUUGGUGAAGUUCAAUGAUGAAGCAACAAGAUACCAUGUUCUUGAGAGUGGCGUUCUUCAAUUUGAUAGGAAACCCGUCAUUGUGAGGCCAUGGACAGCAGAUCUUAGUGCGAUUUGCGUGAUUCGUUCGAUUCCACUGUGGAUUCAUCUUCAUGACCUUGGUUUGCAAUAUUUGGGGAGUAAGUGUAUCAGUGCUUUGGUUAGCACGAUUGGCAAACCUCUUUUAGUAGAUAAAUUUACCAAGGAGCGUUCUCGUGUUCAGUUUGCGAGGGUGUUGGUAGAGAUGGAAAUUACAGAUAAUCCUCCCCGUAGCUUUCGAUUUAUCAAUGAACAUGGUCAGGUGGUUGAACAAGGAAUAGAGUAUGAGUGGUUACCCACAAAGUGUAAGAGCUGCUCUAGUUUUGGGCAUACCAUGGCAGAGUGUCGAAAGGACCAUAAGGCAGUUUGGGUGGAGAAAAUAGUUCAUUCUAAUGUUGAGAAACCUCUGGAUAAACAAGAUAGUUCAGAGGGAGCUAAGGAAGGGAUUACUGGUGAGGCAACGGAGGGGUCUAAACAUACUGAAGAUCUAGAGACAGGCGAGGGUGAUAUGACUCUAUUAGUGGAGACUAAUUCUGGGCUGGUUAUGGAGCUGAACAAGGAAGUGAAUUGGCAAAUUCCUAGGCGUGUUAUCUCUCAGAGACAGGGUCACGUUGCUGGUAGUACCUCUAAUGUGGCUACUGCGGUUCAAAAACAGAAAAAUCAAUUUGGUGUUUUGCAGGAGCAGGAAAGGGGUAGUAAGUUUGGACAUCCUGAUGUGGAAAAUAGGAGGAGCCUUUGGCGAGACUUAACUCGCAUUUUGCUUUCAGUGAAAGCUUGGAUGGUUCUAAGGGAUUUUAAUGCUCCUUUUUCAGGAGGAGAUAGGUCUGGAGGAAGUCCUAUAACUAGUUCUGAAUUGGUUGAUCCUAUUGAAUGGAAGACUAAUGCUAAAACUGAAGCUAUUAAGAGCAUGGGAUCUUUUUUCACUUGGACAAAUAACCAAGCAGGCUUAGCAAGGAUCUAUUCUAAAAUUGAUCAUGCUUUAAUUAAUGAGGAGUGGCUGGACAUGUUCCCUCAGUGUUUGGCUGUGUUUCAAUGGGAGGUGGUGUCAGAUCAUUGCUCCUGUUUAGUUUCUAACUUCCCUUUGAAGAUUAUGGGGACUAAGUUGUUCAGAUUUUUUAAUUUCUGGUCUAAUCACCCUAAUUUCAACCAAUUGGUUUUGAAGAGCUGGAGAGCCCCUGUUAAUGCUGCUGGUUUAAGGGCAAUCUUUACCAAGUUAAUUCGGCUGAAGCACCAGCUUAAGAAGCUUAAUAGGGACUGUUUUGGAGAUGUUGGUUCUGGUUACCAGUUGGCUCUGGAAGCUUUUCAAACAGCCCAGCUAAAAGCUCAAGAGAAUCCUCAAGACUUUCAGUUGCAAGAGGUGGCCAAGGAUAGAGCUUCCGAGUUUCACUAUCAAGAACAUAUUUAUCAUAGCUUCCUUGUCCAGCGAAGUAAAAUCAACUGGAUUAGGAAAGGAGAUGUGAAUUCAUCUUUCUUUCAUGCCUUCCUGAAGAAGAGGAAAGUUGAUAAUUCCAUAGUAUCUUAUAUAAAUGAGCAUGAUAUGCUGAUAGAUGAUAUUAAGGAGGUGGUGGACCAUUUUGUUGAGCAUUUCAAGAACCAUCUAGGCAGUUUAAGCACGGCUGCAGGGACAGUGAACCUGAACUGUAUAGCUUCAGGCACUAAGCUUUCAGUGGAGCAGCAACUCUAUCUCCUUAAACCUUUCUCUGUUAAGGAAAUAAGAGCUGCUAUGUUUAGUAUCCCAAGUACUAAAUCACCUGGUCCUGAUGGUUAUGGUUCCGGCUUCUUUAAGUCUAUGUGGAAGGAUAUUGGUCAGGAUAUUUGCUCAGCAAUUAUUCAUGGCUUUUCUACUGGUCAGUUUCCUAAGGAGCUUCAUGAAACAACUUUAUCCCUGAUUCCUAAAGUCUCUAAUCCAGCUAGGGCUUCCGAUUACAGACCUAUUGCGUGUUGCUCGACCUUGUAUAAGGACUUAAUUAAGAAUUAUGGUAGAGCUCUUACUUCUCCUCGCUGUGCGAUCAAAAUUGAUCUUAGCAAGGCAUAUGAUACGAUAGAUUGGAGUACUUCGUAUUCUUUAUUGAUUAAUGGUCGGGUUCAAAGUAGUUUCAAGGGGGAAAAAGAUGAUGUAAUUUUUUUUUGCAAAGGCUCAAGUGAGGCUGUUAAUAUUCUUAAGGACUCUCUUAGGAAUUUUAGUAAAGCAACUGGGCUGUCUAUUAAUACCAAGAAGUCUCAGAUCUAUUUUGGAGGGGUUACUGCAGAUGUUAAGACUGAGAUAUUGCAGAUGUCAGUGUUCAUUUUACCUCAAAGCAUAAUAAAGGAGGUUGAGAAGUUGUGUAGACAGUUUCUAUGGGGGGCCUCUGGAACUCGUAGUAAGCUGCAUUUAGCUUCUUGGCAUCAAAUUUGCAUGCCUAAGGCAUAUGGAGGGCUUGGGCUAAGGGAUGGAGCUAGCUUGAAUAGAGCACUUCUGGCCAACAAAACAGUAGCUGGUAUUGGCGUAAACUCUGCCAUCUCAGGAAGAGAUUCAGUGAAGGAGAAGUCUUGGCUGCUGCUGUGGUUUACCAAAUUUGGAGAAAUAGAAACAGAUGCAUUUAUGAUGGUUAUUCUCUAA